CAACAAUACCAGAGUGGGUAAAAUUCUGCAAACAGUUGUUUGGAGGGUUUUCCAUCCUCCUGUGGAUAGGUGCUGUCCUGUGUUUCCUUGCUUAUGGUAUCCAGUUUGCAACUGAGGACGAGCCAGCCAAUGACAAUGGGGGGGGCUUUCCAUAGCAGAGAGAGGAGUCGUGACACGAGUGCCAAAAUCUGUCUGGGAGCCGGACCCGGAAGACAGAGCAAGAGAUACAGCAGCACCUAGUCUCCAGAUCCAUAUGAGAUCCCCAGUACCAGAUACAUGAGGCUCUGAAACCCGGCUCGCUUUGGCCAAGAGGAGAACAAGUCGCGAGCAGGGCAUUCACAAUGUGCACAGUCAGAUCUCUCGAGGGCUUCCCUGGCCUGCUCCAUCCCUAGACACUUCACACAGAAAGUGUGUCCAUCCUCCCUGUGAUGAAACGGGAGCAAGGCGUAACACACUUCCUGAAUUCUCUCACUUAUACUUUUCUCCCUUUUUUUUUUAAAGGGACAGAAAAGAUAAGAGAUUUUUCUUUUUUUUCAUUUGGAAAAGAUAGAGAGGAAAUGAAGAGUCUUUUUGCGAGUGUACACAAAUGACCGCCAUGCAGUCUCACUGAAGAUAAUAAGGCUGAUGGCGCAGUUCACAGUUAUAUUUGGGAGUAGUCCUGGCUGCUGUUGUCAUAGUCACUGGUUGCUUCUCCUAUUAUCAAGAGGCCAAGAGUUCACGCAUCAUGGACUCCUUCAAGAACAUGGUGCCACAGCAAGCUUUAGUGAUCCGUGAGGGUGAGAAGAAACAGAUUAUUGCAGAGGAGGUGGUUCUGGGAGAUCUGGUGGAAAUAAAGGGGGGUGAUCGCAUUCCGGCUGACCUACGGUUUAUCUCUUCCAGUGGCUGCAAGGUAGACAAUUCCUCUCUGACAGGAGAGUCUGAGCCUCAAACCCGUUCACCAGACUGCACUCAUGAAAACCCUCUCGAGUCCAGAAACAUUGGCUUCUUCUCCACUAACUGUGUGGAGGGCACGGCCCGUGGCAUUGUGAUUGCAACAGGAGAUCGUACAGUUAUGGGGCGAAUAGCGACUUUGGCUUCUGGUUUGGAGGUGGGCCAGACACCCAUCAACUUGGAAAUUGAGCAUUUCAUCCACAUCAUUACUGGCGUAGCUGUCUUUCUCGGUGUCUCGUUUUUUAUCCUCUCACUCAUCCUUGGCUACACAUGGCUCGAGGCUGUCAUCUUUCUUAUUGGCAUUAUUGUUGCCAAUGUGCCUGAAGGACUGUUAGCAACAGUCACGGUGUGUCUGACUCUGACAGCAAAGCGUAUGGCACAUAAGAAUUGUUUGGUGAAGAAUCUGGAGGCUGUAGAGACUUUGGGCUCGACCUCCACUAUUUGCUCAGAUAAGACUGGAACCCUGACCCAGAACCGCAUGACUGUGGCCCACAUGUGGUUCGACAACCAGAUCUAUGAGGCUGAUACUACAGAGGAUCAAUCAGGCAAUGGGGCCUUUGAUAAGAGCUCCCCCACCUGGACUGCUCUGUCACGUGUAGCAGCACUCUGCAACCGUGCUGUCUUCAAACCUGGACAAAAAGAUGUUCCUAUACUGAAGAUGGAGACAGCAGGUGAUGCAUCAGAGUCUGCUUUGCUAAAGUGUGUUGAGCUGUCCUGUGGGUCUGUAAAGGCAUUUAGAGAGAGAAACCCUAAAGUAGGAGAAAUUCCGUUCAACUCAACCAACAAGUUUCAGCUGUCUAUUCAUGAAAUUGAAGACAGUCCAACUGGGCAUCUCCUGGUGAUGAAAGGUGCUCCAGAGAGGAUUUUGGACAGGUGUAAUACUAUCAUGAUCAAUGGGCAAGAGGUUCCUUUGGAUAAUGACUGGAGAGAUACAUUCCAGGGAGCCUACAUGGACCUGGGGGGUCUCGGGGAGAGAGUGCUGGGCUUCUGCCACCUGUUCCUGUCACCCUCUCAUUUCCCAAGAGGUUUUGCAUUUGAUUGCGAUGACAUCAAUUUCCCCAUGGAGCAGAUGUGCUUUCUGGGUCUUGUGUCUAUGAUUGACCCCCCGAGAGCUGCCGUGCCUGACGCAGUGGGCAAAUGUCGCUCUGCUGGGAUCAAGGUGAUCAUGGUAACUGGAGACCAUCCAAUUACGGCUAAGGCAAUCGCUAAAGGUGUUGGCAUCAUCUCAGAAGGCAAUGAGACAGUGGAGGACAUCGCAGAGAGACUUAACAUCCCAUUAAGUCAAGUUAACCCACGAGAUGCUAAGGCAUGUGUAGUGCAUGGUGCUGAUCUGAAGGAAAUGAGUUCAGAGUAUUUGGAUGAUCUCCUGAGAAACCAUACUGAGAUCGUCUUUGCUCGUACUUCUCCACAACAGAAACUCAUCAUUGUAGAGGGCUGCCAGCGACAGGGUGCUAUAGUGGCAGUGACAGGUGAUGGAGUAAAUGACUCUCCUGCUCUAAAGAGGGCUGACAUCGGCAUUGCUAUGGGAAUAGCAGGAUCUGAUGUCUCCAAACAAGCAGCUGACAUGAUCUUGCUGGAUGACAACUUUGCAUCUAUUGUAACAGGUGUGGAGGAAGGUCGUUUGAUCUUUGAUAACCUGAAGAAGUCGAUAGCCUACACUCUUACCAGCAACAUCCCUGAGAUCUCUCCCUUUCUCCUCUUCAUCAUCGCUAGUGUUCCUCUGCCUCUGGGCACUGUCACCAUCCUCUGCAUUGACUUAGGAACUGACAUGGUUCCUGCCAUUUCUCUGGCUUAUGAGUCAGCAGAAAGUGACAUUAUGAAGCGUCAACCCAGAAACUCCAAAACUGACAAAUUGGUCAAUGAGAGACUCAUUAGUAUGGCAUAUGGGCAGAUUGGUAUGAUUCAGGCCCUGGCUGGGUUCUUUACCUACUUUGUGAUACUGGCGGAGAAUGGAUUUCUGCCUUAUAGACUUCUGGGAUUGCGAAUUGACUGGGAUGACCGCAAUGUCAAUGAUCUUGAGGACAGCUAUGGACAGCAAUGGACCUAUGAGCAGCGCAAGAUUGUAGAAUUCACUUGUCACACAUCCUUCUUUGUGAGCAUUGUGGUGGUGCAGUGGGCAGACCUCAUCAUCUGCAAAACACGCAGAAACUCCCUUUUUCAGCAGGGCAUGAAAAAUAAGAUUCUGAUCUUUGGCCUGUUUGCUGAGACAGCCCUUGCUGCCUUCCUGUCCUACUGCCCUGGAAUGGAUGUUGCUUUGCGCAUGUACCCACUCAAGGUCUACUGGUGGUUCUGUGCUCUUCCAUACAGCCUGCUCAUCUUUAUCUAUGAUGAAAUCCGCAAAUUAAUUCUGAGGAGGAGGCCAGGGGGUUGGGUGGAAAAAGAGACCUACUAUUAAUGGAUAUAAGCUGUAUCAAGGUGUAUAAUCCAAAUGUGGUGUUAUGGUUUGAACAAGGGUUUCUAAUUACAGUAAUGUGAUGUCCUGCUUUAAUGGAUUUACUCUUUCCCAACCUUAAAGUACCUCAUUAAAAUUAUCAGUGUGUUAUCAGGGUUGCAUAAAUUAUUCAAUGAUAUUGAUGUAAAAAAUUAUCUUGAAAUUUUGUGAAUCCUUUAGAAUUUUCUAUAUUUCUACAUAAAUAUGACUUAAAUCAUCAUAUUUUCACACAAUUCCUAAAUACAGAGAACCCAAUUAAACAAAUGAGAUAAAUAUAUACUUGGUCAUUUAUUUAUUGAGGAAAAUGAUCCAAUAUCUGUGAGUGGCAGAAUUAUGUGAACCUUUGCUCUUGGUAUCUGGUGUGACCACCUUUUGCAGUAAUAUCUGCAAUGAAAUGUUUCUGGUAAGUGUUGCUCAGUCCUGCACAUUGGCUUGGAGGAAUUUUGGCCCAUUCAGCUUCAACUCUGGGAUGUUCUUCUAUGGGAUGUUCUAGAACACUUCUAUGGUAAACUAUGGUACUGCUUCACAGAUGGUAUAAGGUAUUUAUGCUGGAAUCCAGUGUUUUCCUUUCUCAAAACAUAACACUUCUCAAAAAAAAAAAAAAAAAAAAAAAUCCUAUUAUUGGUCUCUUCCUUCCACAAACUAUUUUCCCAAUAAUCUUAUGGCUUGUCCAUGUGAGUGUUAGCAAACUGCAGAUGUGCAUCAAUGUUCUUUUUGGAGAGCAGAGGCUUUCUCCUUGCAACCCUGUGAUGCACACCAUUGUUGUUCAGUAUUCAACAAUGGUGGACACAAGAACAUUAACACAACUCUCCUGUGUGAGAGUCCUUUAGUGAUCUUUGUUGGUCGACCACAACUUGGGAGGGUAACGAUGGUCUUUAAUUUCCUCCAUUUGUACACAAUCUGCAUGACUGUGGAUUGGUGGAGUCUAAACUCUUUAGAUAUGGUUUUGUAAACUUUUCCAGCAUUAUGAACAUCAAUAACUCUUUUUCUGACGUCCUCAGACAUCUCAUUUGUUCGUGCCAUGAUACACUUCCAGAAGCAUCUGUUGUUAAGACUUUGAUAGAUCCCUGUUCUUUAAAUAAAACAGGGAGCUCACUCACAACUGAUUUCAAUUACUGGGAUGACAAACAUCUGACUCUAAUUUCACCUUAAAAUUAACUGCUAAUCAAAGUGGUUCACAUACUUUUGCCAUUCACCGAUAUGCAAUAUUGGAUCAUUUUCUUCAAUAAAUAAAUGAAGAAGAAUAAUAUUUUGUCUCAUUUGUUUAAUUUGGGUUCUCUUUAUCUACUUUUAGGAUUUCCGAUGAUGAUUUAGGUCAUUUAUGUAGAAAUAUAGAAAAUUCUAAAGGGUUCCCAAAUUUUCAAGUGCCACUGUAUUUAAAAAAAUUAAAUAUAAAUAAAAACCUUUUGACUAUUUUUAUUCAUCAGAAACUUUCAUUCAUUCAUUCAUCUUCAGUAACUGCUUACUGCUUGACCUGUCCUGGUCAGGGUUACAGAGGAUCUCUAGCCUAUCCUGAGAACACUGGGCUCAAGGCAAGAAUACACCCUGUAUAAGAUACCAGUCCAUCGUAGAGCACCAUGAGUCAUUGAUAAAUUAAGCCUAUGAGUGUAGAUCUAAAGAGAACUUUUUUGUUCAUUACGUUCUGAGAGUGAAUGCAUAUGCCCCAUUGUAAAAUGGUUUAAUGUCAGAAUUCUGUAAGUGAUUUUCUUUCUGAUAGUGGAUACACAAGAUGGCAUACAAAAAUUUAGCUAGUUAUCUAGUUGUGGUCAAUUAGUAUCAUUAGCUUGCAAUAUGUUAUAAGCUUUGAGGAUACUUUGUUUACAGUUCUGUCAUUAUACCUAAUACCUUAAACCAGGGAAAUCAUGCUACUGUUCACUAUAUAACAAUACUUGAAAAUCCCUGAUAUUUUGGGAUUGGGUGAUUGUCCCUUUGUUUACAUAGGUAUUGCAUUUCUGCAUUUUUGUGUCAUUUCAGUAUAAUAAACUCAGUUUAAUUGAGUUAAAUGUUAGGUUAGUCAGUGUUGAGCAUAAUGCUCUGAACACUAAGAUCCAGCAGUAAAAUGCUGGAGACAAUAAGUGUGAAAAUUUAAAUAAAACACAACCAUCAAGUAAGUCACUGUUGGUUUAUUACUCCCACCUUCCAAAUACUUGCCAACUAAGUCGUACCAUUUAGGCCAGUGGACAUGGCACCACUAAAGCCUCCUGAUUCCUCUGGAAAAUUGCCAGAGUUCUCCCUAACAAAUCCAACCCUCCUGAUUCCUCUGGAAAACUGCCAAAGUUCUCCCUAUUUCUUGUUUAAAUUCUCAAAUGUUUUUUUUUUCUUUUCAUUAUUGCAAACUGCUACUAAAGCUCAAAAACUAACAGCAAUUUGAUCAUGAGUGGUGCAUCUCUCUAUAUUCAAUGUCAAAUAUAUUAAAUUGGCAAUCUAUUUUGUCUUAGUAGGUGAGAACUGUUCCAUAGUGUAUUGUAUAUCCUGCUAUGGCCCUUGAAACCAAUGCCAUUUGAGAGUUUUGGAUGCUAAAAAAGUUAUGUGCAAUUUCCUAGGAAUAAAUGAAUAUGAAAUACAA